AUGGCACCAUACCCCAACCCCAUGAUCCCCAUGAUGCACCGCCCUUCUCGUCCGUCUCCCCUGGCGCAGGUCGCCAACAUCUCAUCCGCCCCCACUCCUUCUGCCCCUUCGUCUUCUCCCUCGCAGAUCAGCCUGGCGCUGACUGCACUUACCUUCCUCCAAUGUGCCUCCUCCCAGAAAGGCUUUCGCAAUGUUUGCAAAGGUAUGGAUCCCUUCACCUCCAUCCAUUCUAUCCACCUGUUUGUCAACUGGCUCGCUUCCCUACCCAUCCGCCAGACUCUCCCCUCGGAUCUUCUCCUUGUCGCUUGGGCUAUUCAGGGGCUUCCAGCUGGUCUGCGAAGCUUUCUCGAAUGGUCUCUUGCCCUGGACAAUCCUCCGGAGGAGAGACUCAACCUCGAAUAUCUCACCUGGCAUCUUGAGAUGUGGAGAUCCGUCUUCUCAUCGACGAUAGUUGUCGAGUACGCGGGGAAGAGGGGAAGGAGCCAAGAGACCCCCAUCGAGGACUGGUUCGCCAACGGUCCUGCUGGGAACAGGGAUUGGGCUCGGAGGGAGGCGCAAGGGUAUUGGGACCGUUUUUCCGGAAAGAAAGGUAUACGAACCAAUGCCCUUCGCGUUCUUCUCCUGAGAGUGCUGCGAGUAUGUACCCUGGUGGUACCGAGGCGCUUAAGUCCUCUGGCACGUCCCACGGAAGUUUGGUGCGAGGCGGGAAACAUAGGCACGACGACUACGUACCCUGUGGUACCGAGGCGCUUAAGUCCUCUAGUGUCGCUGACUGUGAGGAGGUGGAAGAGCAACAUCAAGAUCAUCACAUGGAACGAAGUCAAGCCAACAACACUGCUUCGACGUCCACCAAGCUGCGCCAUUGACAAGGAUCAUUGCAUCGCAUCCACCACCAAAGACAUUGCCAACGCCAACAAGCGAUACAAUCGAGCGUCCUCCCCCACUGCGUCAGCAGAAGACGUAACCCCACGAGCAGCAAUCAGAACAGCAACAACAUCAGCAACAACCAAUGGCAUCCAUGAUCUCCACCCUCACCUCAACAACCAAGCCAAUCAAUCAUUCAUCAAGCCACUCAUCAACGCAACAAAGACCAACACCGAAGACGAAGACGCAGACGAAGACGACGAGACUGAAGCAUCUAAACACCACAUCACUCACGACCCACCACUCAACCGGGCAGCAUGA